CGAUCGACGAAUACUUUAAUGAUAUUACAUUGGCCGUAUUGCCAACAUUAGUCAAAUUACUUGACGAAAAAGGUCCUGUCCGAGAGGAAGCACCGCAUGUUUUAGCUUAUUUGAUUCGUGAUAAUGAAGAAUUACAAAAGGCCGCUUGUGAUUCAGAAGCCGUGCCGAAAUUGGCAGAUUUUGUUACCCAUGUUGGUGAUCAGAAUAGUUCAUAUUAUGAUCCUCUGGGUGAUGGUGAUAAACUGAAGGAGCAAAUUAUGGAACAAGGAGGGAUAGAAAAAUUAGUUAAAUUGGUACAUUCUCCAGAUAAUACACUAAGGCUUAAUGCUAUAUGGGCAUUGAAGAAUUUAGUCUAUCAUGCUGAGUCUGAGAAUUUGACAGCUGAUAUAUUACAUAUGUUUCACAGAUUGAUUGAAGACCCUGAACUUGACGUGCAGGAAAAAGCAUUGAAUUUGUUAAGAAACCUAGCUUGUCCAAAACCAGAAGAUAUCGAGGAAGUAUUUAAAGGAUUAACUGAAAGUCGAUUGAUGAACAUCAUAGAAAGUAAACUUUGUUCUUGGAGUGACGAAAUAAUUAAACAGGUAAUUUAA